AUGAGUAUUCCUAGAAAAACAGAAGAUGUCUUUAUUGGAAGAAGUAGUUCAUGUGAUGUUAGGAUUAAUGGGAAUGAUGUUUCUUCCAAGCAUUGUAAAUUGACAUUGACUAUAAACAAUAAUCGAGAAUAUUUAUGCAUAAAUGACCUAAGUUCAAACGGUACCUAUUUGAAUGAUGAAAUCAUAGGAAAAGAUUCCUCUAUACUACUAAGAAGUGGAGACAAACUAGAUUUUGCAAAGACGGGAGGAUCAUAUAUAUUUCGGUACAUUUUUGAUAUUAAAAAUACGACAGCACAACAAUCAAAGUCAUUUUUUGAUGAUUAUAUACUAGGUGAACAACUAGGUUCAGGGCAUUAUGCUGUAGUUAAAGAAGCUACGGAUAGAUCUACGGGAGAUGUAGUAGCUGUCAAAAUUUUCCACCCUAACAAAACUAGUGGUCAAGGAAACGAGAACGAUGAUGCUAAACUUCAACAAGAGAUGAGCUUAUUAUUGUCUAUAAAUCAUCCAAACAUAGUAAGAUUUAUAUCUCAUUAUGUGGAACCGAUUAAUCAAUACUCGGUAACAUCGUACUUAGUGUUAGAAAAAAUGAAUAAUGGAGAAUUAUUUCAAAGAAUUAUAAAUAAACUGAAAUUAAGACAAGACGAAACGAAAGCUAUUUUCAAGCAACUUCUAUCAGGAUUAAGAUACUUGCAUGAAAAUAGUAUUAUCCAUAGAGAUAUAAAACCAGAGAAUAUACUUCUUGAUAUUACACCAAGAACAUCAAAGCAUCAACAGAAAACAGGGCCAUGGGAUGAUAAUGAAUAUGACAUAAAGGUUAAAAUAGCUGAUUUUGGACUUGCAAAAUUUAUUGGUGAACUAAAAUUCACGAACACGUUGUGUGGAACUCCAGCAUACGUUGCACCAGAGAUAUUGAGCAAUAAGAGAAACUAUUCCACGAAAGUAGACUUAUGGCUGAGUGGAGUCUUAUUAUAUGUAUGCCUUUGUGGAUUUCCUCCAUUUAGCGAUGAAUUGGGGCCACCAAAUAUGCGGGAACAAAUACUAACCGGUAAAUAUGCAUUUUUUUCACCUUAUUGGGAUGAUAUCAACGAUUCCGUAUUGCACUUGAUCAGUUCAUUAUUAGUGGUUGAUCCAAAUGAAAGAUUCGAUGUCGUUCAAACUUGUGAGCACUAUUGGUUUAACGAGCAAGAUGGUACCUGUGACCAGAUGGCAAGUAAUGACGAAAGUGUGCAAAGAACUCCAGUGAGGUCUAAUAGUCUGCCACUUAGUUUAAGAGAUAAAUACAAUUCUGAAAUUAUGAGCGACACUAACCAAAAAUCUUCGAUUACGUGA